UAUGCCUUGCGUUACGAGUUCCAAGCGUAAAAGAACUAAACAAGAUGCUGAUGAUAUUCUCUUGCUUACUGAUGGCACAGAAGGUCAGUCGGAUAUUAAUAAUCCCUUCCCAAAAGUGAUAACUCGGUCUUCUCCGAAGAUCCUAGUGGAUGCUAUGAAAUCUUUUAACCAACAACAACGAAUAGCUGUUGAGAAGAUGGGGUUUGGAUGUCUGUUUUAUCUCAAAAUCAAGGAAUUUCAGACUCAGUUGGUGCACUGGUUGUUGUCGAAUUUUGAUUCUGUUAGUUGCCAGCUUGAUCUUGGGAAAGGAAGAAGUGUUCAUGUGUCAUCUGUGGAUGUUCUGCAUGUCAUGGAGUGCCCUGAGAGAUAUCGCGUCAUUUGCGCUCAGCUUCAGCUCACCGGUGAUGCCAGGCUCUGGUGGAACGCUUACUGGAGUAUGCGUCCCGGCGAGAAGGCGGGAUGUACGUGGGAGAUGUUCAAGGAUUUAAUCCGCGAGAAGUAUUACCCCACAUACUACCGAGCCGAGAUGGAGCGUCAGUUUCUAUCGCUCCAGCAGGGUACUCGUACUGUUGACGAGUACGAGAGGGAAUUCACGAGACUUGCAGCUUUCGUUCCUGAUUUGGUCCGCACGGAGGCCCAGCGAGCACAGCGUUUUAUUGACGGGCUUUACCCAGCAGUCCAUCAUAACAUCGUAGGCCACAGGACACAGACGUACGCACGUGCAGUCUCCAUUGCCCAGGAGGUGGACGCCAGCAUUAGGAGGGAGGCCGUUCGUGACCAGUUCCAGCCAUCCGCCCCCGCUCAGUCAUCUUCAGUUCCACCGAUGCCAGCUCUACCAUCUACCCAGCCACAGAAGAACAACAAGAGGAAAGGGAAAGGUGCCCCGACAGAUAAGAGGACCCGACGGAGGCUUCA